AUGGAUAAAUUGGAUAAACAUAAAAAUUGUGGGAAAUGCAUUGAAUAGUUUGAAAUUUAAAAGGCAAAGUAAGAUGGAACAUUUAAAGAACUUAAAACAAAAAUUCUUGGAGUAUUUAUUAUUAUACACAUAAGUCAAGACCUAUGGCAAAAUUUAUAAUGUAUGAUGGCGAAGGGAAUUACUAAAAAAAAUUGAAUUAAGGUAUAUAAUUUAUAUAAAUUGAGAGCACUAAAAUCAUAAAGUUUAAAUUGAUAUGACAUGGAAGAAUGCAGAUAUUGAAGUAUCUAAAGAAAAAGAUAGUGAUUAAUAAUUAAUAAAGGAGUCCUAAAGUUUAGUUUUACCAAGAAUAUAUCAUCAUAAAGUAUAUAAUAAUACAUAUUUUAGUAAGUUACAGAUUUCAAACCUAUUAAACCUAUUCCAACUUAAGGUAUAGAUUUUUUUUAAUUUAGCUCACAUCAAUAGAUAUGGAAAAUAUAGCCAAAGAUAUCUCUUAAGAUCAGAUCCAAUGAAUUUAAGCGAUAAUAAAUUAGAUGAUUAUUUGCCUUCUUCAUAGAAAUAUGGACGGUUUUAUUUGAGUGAAGAACCAAAAGCAAAAACUAUUGUUUCUGAGUCUUAACCUUUUGAGGGAUAUAAUCCAAUCAGUCCAUCUUAUAAUGUUUUUCCAGUUGAAAAGCCAAUUCUAAAAUAUCAUAGUAUGAAAUCAUAAUUGUUCAAAUAUAAAUGA